UUUUGAUUUUUUCAUCUAUUCCACUGUCACUUCUUGUGUCGUUCCAAGAUUUUAUGCUAGCAAAAUGGCCUCUCAUACAAAGAAGAAGCGAUCAGAUUUUAUAUUUGGUAUACUUAUUGGGGAGGGAUCUUUUUCUACGGUUUAUCUAGCCAAAGAGAUUAAUACUAACAGAGAAUGUGCAGUGAAAGUUCUAGAAAAAAGUCACAUAUUGAAAGAGAAGAAAGAAAAAUAUGUUACCCGAGAGAAAGAUAUCUUGCUGAAAAUUAAUCAUCCAUUUUUCAUUAAAUUGUAUUUCACAUUUCAAGAUGAAGGAAACCUAUAUUUUGGAUUAAGCUAUGCAAGCAAUGGACAAUUGCUGGAUUACAUUAAAAAGUUGGGGAAAUUUGAUCUAGAAAUUUCUAGAUAUUAUUCUGCAGAAAUAGUGCUAGCUCUAGAAUAUUUGCAUUCAAUUAAUAUUAUACACAGAGAUUUGAAGCCAGAAAACAUCUUGAUGAAUGAGGGCAUGCACAUACAAAUAACUGACUUUGGAUCAGCCCGCAUUCUUUCAGAGGAGGAUUUGAAAGAUAUUGAUGAGUCUACGACCUCUGAAAAGAAUUUGUCUGUUGAAGAAGAAACUGCUCAUGCCCCAGCAACUGUGGAGCGAUCAUUCACAAGGAGACAUUCAUUUGUUGGGACAGCUCAAUAUGUAUCACCCGAAGUCCUCAACAGUAACUUUUCAUGUUUCAGUUCAGAUUUGUGGGCGUUAGGUUGCAUGGUGUAUCAAUUCCUCACUGGCCUCCAUCCAUUUACAGGACGUCACGAGUACGAGAUAUUUCAACGGAUACUGAGACUGGAAUACAAGAUGCCCGAUGAUUUGGAUGAUUGCUCCAAAGAUUUCAUAGAAAAGAUAUUGGUUCUCGACAGAAAGAAAAGAUUGGGUUGCAAGGAGAUGGGUGGUUAUAACUCACUGAAAUCACAUCCCUUCUUUGCAGAUAUAAAAUGGGAAGAACUCGUAACUUGCACCCCACCCCUCCAACCUGGCAAUCAGGGCAGCAGUUUUGAGAAUGGCACGAAGGAUUGUGAGGAGGAUGAGUUCGCAAAGGAAAUAACCUAUCGAAAUAACAUUCCUUAUAAAUUUAUUGACGUCAUAAUCGUCGGAAUUUUUUUGAGUCAAAGCGACUAUACUGUGAAAUGUUAA